AUGGAGGAAGACCGAACCCGAUCCCAGGUCCCUGACUGGGGGAAACUUCGGCCGGGGCCAUUUACCGAGCGCAUCAAGAAGUCCAGACCGGACAGAGAGGUGCAGCCGUUAAGCAUACCCUUCUAUACCGGUGUGGAGGACCCUCUGACGCACCUCCACUCCUUCCAAUCGGCAGUUGGGUGUAAGGGCCUCAGCGACGAGGGACAAUGUCUGCUGUUUCCCUCAUCCCUUACCGGGGCUGCAUUAAACUGGUUCUACCGUCUCGAGCCGGGGACGGUACACUCCUUUGACGAACUGAAGCAGAUUUUCUCAACCACUUCAUGA